AACAGCUGCAGAGGGAUGAAGUCUCCACCUCUCCUUGUGGCUGCACUCGUGGCAUGCAUCGUUGUUUUGGGUUUCAAUUACUGGUUUGCAAGUUCUCGCAGUGUGGAUCUACAGGUUCGGAUCAUGGAUCUGGAAGGCAAAGUCCAGAGGGCGGCAGCGGAGAGGGGUGCUGUGGAGCUCAAAAAGAAUGAAUUCCAAGGGGAACUGGAGAAGCAGCGGCAGCAGAUUGACAAAAUCCAGUCCUUGCACAGCUUUCAGAUGGAAAACGCCAACAGAGUACAUCAGGAAGAGAAGGGUGACUUGGACAGACAGAAUGGGUGCAGUAAUUUCUGUGCAUUAAAGUGGUGUGGACAUAUGUACACAUCAGUACCUGAGCAGAAACUGCCAGAUAGUGGAGACUUGACGUAUCCUGAUCUGCGGCCCCUGGAGAGCAUUGGGGUUUCUUGGGAGGAGCAUAAUGAGGAAAUUGGCAGUGGUGCAUAA